CGUUUGAAUGGCAACUUAGCUCCAUCGGCUUAUUCCUUUCUUUUCAAUUUGUCAAAUCAAUUGAACGUCGGAUUAAGAAAAAGUGUUUUAAUUAGUGGAAAAGGUUAAAAUAUCUGUUGAAAUCAAGUGAACUCCACAAUUAUGAGUGAAACUAUCAACACUAGUACACAGUUUCCGCAAUUUGAAAAGCCAACAGUGCAAUUCAAUGAAAAUGGCUGGGGCCCAUGUGAACUACCGGAAACUUUUCGUGAUAUGCCAUACCAGCCGUUUAGUAAGAGCGAUCGUUUAGGAAAGAUUUGUGAUUGGACCAGUAGCUCCAAUAACGAAAAGAAGUACCAAAAUAAGUACGCUUCAUCCUUUGGUACCGGAAGCCAAUAUGCUUAUUACCAUGAAGAGGAUGAAACUACUUUCCAUUUGGUAGAUACCGCACGCGUGCAGAAGCCGCCACAUCAACGUGGACGUUUCCGUUCGAACAUGCGUAACAACAGGUCAGCGCGUGGUCGCAAUCAACGCGGCGGCAUGAAUUCUGGUAUGACCACUUUGGGUGGUAAAAAUGUCAAGGCCCGGGAUCCUCGACGUGGUAUGGGCAAGAAGUUUGGGUCACGUGGUGUGCCACCUAAGAUACGUGAGUCGUCGGUUGCUGUACGCUCAGAUUGGACAUCGAUUGAGGAAAUGGACUUCCCACGGUUAAUGAAGUUAUCUUUGCCUAAUAUCAAAGAGGGUGAGGAUAUAAUCACCUGUGGUACACUCGAGUACUAUGACAAGACCUACGAUCGUAUCAAUGUUAAAAAUGAAAAGCCGUUGCAGAAAAUUGACCGCAUUGUUCACACUGUCACCACCACCGACGAUCCUGUAAUCCGUCGUUUAUCCAAAACUGUGGGUAAUGUGUUUGCUACUGACGCCAUUUUGGCGACCAUCAUGUGUUCAACACGUUCAAAUUACUCGUGGGAUAUUGUAAUUGAAAAGUUUGGUGAUAAAAUCUUCAUGGAUAAACGCGACAAUACUGAAUUCGAUUUGCUGACGGUUAAUGAGACAUCAGUGGAGCCACCAACUGACGAUGAUAGCUCACCCAAUUCACCACGUAAUUUGGCAAUUGAAGCUACAUUCAUAAACCACAAUUUCAGCCAGCAAGUAUUGAAAACCGGCGAAAAGGAACCCAAGUAUAAGUUUCAGGAGGCAAAUCCAUUUAUUACUGAAGAUGAAGAUGUGGAAGUUGCAAGUGUUGGUUAUCGCUAUAAGAAAUGGAAUUUGGGUAGCGAUAUUGUUUUAGUGGCUCGUUGUGAACACGACGGUGUGCUGCAGUCACCAAAUGGUGAACCACAAUUUUUAUCGAUUAAGGCGCUAAACGAAUGGGAUUCGAAGUUAGCGAAUGGUGUUGAAUGGCGUCAGAAAUUAGAUACCCAAAGAGGUGCUGUAUUGGCGAACGAGUUGCGCAACAAUGCCUGCAAACUGGCCAAAUGGACUGUACAAGCUGCGCUUGCCGGCUCCGAUCAGUUGAAACUAGGUUAUGUUUCACGAAGCAAUCCACGCGAUCCCUCUAAACAUGUUAUACUUGGAACACAGCAAUUCAAACCACAUGAGUUCGCAACCCAAAUUAAUUUAAGUAUGGAUAACGCUUGGGGAGUGCUGCGUUGCAUCAUCGAUAUCGUGAUGAAACAAAAGGAUGGCAAAUAUCUGAUUAUGAAGGAUCCCAACAAGCCAAUGAUUCGCUUGUACGAUAUUCCAGACAAUACGUUCGAUAGCGAUGAUUCCGAUGACGGCGAGGGAGAUGAUGGUGAAGCUUUUCAACCAGUUUAUACAUACGGAAACAAUAAAAGGAUUUAAAUUUAAAGCACAACAAAAGUAAAUUAAGUGUAUGUGUAUGUAGUGGAUGUGUGCGAUUCAAUUGUUAGUUCCUUGAUAAGAGAAAAGCCAGCAUCUAGAUUGCAACACACGCAUUUUUUAUAUAAAAUUAUAAUAUUCAAACUAUCUUGUUAACCGUAGUUAUUUAUAACAGCUAAAAACAACUCGUACAUAACCAUUUUGGAUAACUCAAAUAGCACAGAUUUGAAAAACAACAAAGGUAUAUUAAUCAACUAUUAUAUCCAUGCCGCAGAAAAUAAGAAAUAAUCGCCUAUUUUUAGUACUAUUAGAUAUUUGGAAUAAAACAAAUGAACAACGCAGAAGAUAGGCGU